AUGGUAAGCAAGCCGCCCAUGGACCCCUUCAACACCAGAGGAGUUACGAUGAUUAUCAUCAUCAUCAGCCUAGAAGUGCCCGCUGCUGAGCAAAAGCCUCUUCUCAUACGGAGAAGAAAGAUCGUGUUCAAUCCUGGAGCUGGACUGCUGCCUUUAACAGGAAGGAAAGCGCACGACAAGUGCGUCAACUAUGUGGAUCAACUGGAUUAUUCUUGCAAGACCAGAGGGAAUUUCUCCAGACAACUGGAUCAUGAUUUUAACUGUUACCGACUUCGUUUCACGGCUGGAUCCCAGCGGCCACCUCACGAAGAAUCAUACUUAGCUUUAUUAGGAUAUGGAGGAGACAAAAAUACGGCUGAAUGGAGAUGUGCCGGUACCAUUAUAAGCGAAAACUUCAUUCUUACUGCAGCGCACUGUCUCACUGUCAAACCGCUUGGUCCUGUGAAAUAUGUAGCUGUUGGGAUAACCAAUCGUUUGGAUACUUCUGAAUGGCAGACUUAUGAUGUCCAAAAAGUCUUCUCUCAUCCGGACUACGAUACAAAUUUUAAAUAUCAUGAUAUCGCUCUGAUUAAGACCGAAUCGAUAAAAUUCAACCAGCACGUGCUUCCAGCCUGUCUACAUUCAGAUCCGGAGACACUCGAUACAAGUGAAGCAGGGAUCUUGGUCUGGAACUCGACUGAUGAAGUACUUGAUCAGGGAAAGUUGCAAGUGUUCCCUCUUGAUGAGUUCGAUGAAGUCCAAUGUUCCUUCUUCUAUCCUCCACAUCCUGAGCUGCCUUCCGGGUUUGAUGCCAGCUCACAGAUCUGCUAUGGAGAUGUAAGGACACCUCAAGAUUCUUGCCAGAAACUACAAUACAUAUAA